AUGAUCCACUCGCUCCUCCCAUUCAUUGCUUUGAGCCGAAGCCAAGACGCAUGUAUGGAUUUGCAGGAGUUUGCAGAUUGUCCGACUAAGGAUGACGAUAUUGGUGUUUCAUCAUGGAAUGCAAGAGGCUCGACGGAGAGGAGAAAGAGGAGGGAACUUGCCUUGAGAGACUGA